AUCGUCUCCGCCUCUCUAGGGUUUUCUCCGUUUCUCGUGCUUCAAUCUUAUGUUCGUUGGCAUUCGCUUAAUCGCUUCUGAUUCAUGAGGUGGCAUUACAAUGGAUUGCAAGGAAAACGGUAUUAGUGACGCUUCUGGGUGCGAUAUUGAUGCUGACUCUCUGGCCUCAAAUCUUGCGAUGGAGGACAUCAAUGAAGAUUUCUAUGAGAAAUUGAGUUCUUGUGGGCACAAUAUAGAUUCAGUCAGUAGUUUGGAGACUCCUCAGGUUGCUUCAGUUGUAAACAAUACGAUAGAGGGCCAAGGGAAGUGCUUUAUAGAGACUGAGCAGAUGGGAUACGGGAACAGUAACAGUGAAGAAGAUGCUGGAAACACUGAUGAUGGUCUCCAUGUUUGUUACAACGCUGAUGACACUCGGAAGCAGGGAGUGGUUUCAGGUGAGCUUGAACAAACUCACGAAGUAAUUUCUGAUGCUGAGUUACUGGUAAAUUGCAACAAGCUGGAUGAUGGAAAGGAAAGUCAGGACACAAAUCUGUCCCUUGUAUCCAUCGUUUCUGGGAGUAUGCAAGAGAAAGGAGCUCCUCAGGCUAAAGAAGAUGAAGGUUGUGGUGGCACAACAUUGCCUAUAGGGGGCAAUGGAAUAGAUAAUGAGUCAACUUUUGUGAAUGAUGCACCAGAACAAUUCGAGUCUUUGGAAACCACAAAGCAGAGAAAACCUGAUGAAGUUGAUAGUGGUGGUAUUAGUUAUACGUUUGAUGAUGGAGGUAAGGAAGGAAAAAAUGAACCAUCGAGUGAUCAAGAUAAUCGUUCUUCUGAUGAUAUAUCUCUCAUUCAGAGUUUUUCGUUUCCAGAUUCGCUAUUGGACUCUAGGAUAUUUGGCUGUAGCGCCACAGAAAAUUAUCUGGAGGAUGCAAGUGAUAUUGAAGGCAAUGUGCCUAUUGUGGUAUCCCCUUCAUUAGCUAUCACAGAAAUGUUAAACAAUCAUGAUGGUGGUCUAUGUUCAUAUGAUCUUAACGAUAUCACAGUCACAGAGACAAUCAAUCCAGAGUUGAAGUUGGUACAUGAGGAUGAGCUUGACACUGAUCUUUCCGAGAAGAAUGAAAAGAUGCUAAAAAACCAUGUUGGGGAUUCAUCAAGUGAAAGUGCCGUGGCUGCUUUAAGUAUGAAUAAUGGUAUGGCUGCUGAUCUGAGAGCUGAAAAUUUCAGUCAGAUUUCACCCAUAGACGAUAAAUCUUUUUGUAUGGAAGCCAAUUCCCCUAUUACUGACUCUUCUUUGAUAUGGAAUUUUCCAUUGAACUUUGGAAAUGGAGGCAUCGAAGUCUGUAAUCCUGACAAUGCAGUUGAGCCACUCAGAAUAAUAGACGACAAUGGCAGAGUAGGUGGUGAAGUUGCUUCUGCAUCAGGGACUAAUUUUUGUGAAACUGGCUUGUCUUCUUCCCGAAGGAAGGCCCGAGAUGGUAAACAAUGUAAAGUGGCGCAGACAAAAAUGAGUGCUCGCCAUCCAAGAAAAUCCACUAGAAAGAAACAAUCAGAAAGAAACCUUGAAUCAAUUUUCAAGUGUUCAAAGCAGAAAAGGAGCUCUCUUUUAAAAACAAGCCGUUCAUUUGAGUGGGGAUUACCAAGCAAGACCACUGAAAUCUUCUUACAGAGCAAAAAUAUUCCCUAUGAUGGACCUCCGCAUCAUGAACCACAGAGACCUCAGGGCAAUCUUAAUAAUGGACAGCAUAAUAGAAGCUCUCAUAACGGAUAUGUUGAAGGAUCUAACAGAAACAUCCAAGCAUCAAGUGGCUCUUGCCUUCGUUUGAAAGUUAAAUUUGGUAAAUCAGGUGGCCAAAAUCCUCUGAACAUUACAGUCUCUAAGGUCAGUGGUAACUCUUUGCCUGCUAAUGGUAUUGUUAAAGCAGGAACAUGUUUAGAAUUGCCAGGAUCAGCAAAUUUUGCUGAGGAUAAACUGCAAACUGUGGAAACAAGAGAGGACUUGGUAGAGACAAGCAACUCUGUGGAGAAAGUUUCAUAUCUGCAGUCAUCUGAUUCUAUGAGGGAUAAGAAAAAUAAUCAAGACGCUGGGGGUUUAUGUAGGAAGCUGGGUGGUGAUGUUUUAGAUGAUGACCCACAUCUUUCCUCUAUUAUAAUGGUUGAAGAGUGCGAGAGGGCCACUGGAACACGGUCCCUGGACGCUGAAACUUCACCAGAUUCUGAAGUUAUCAACUCUGUGCCUGAAUCCAUUGUCAAUAUUGAACAUAAAGAGGGUCUGCAUCAUGGUUUUUUCACCACUCCAGAAGAUGUGGUCAAGAAGAACAGAGUAGUAGAAAAAGAAGAUGAAUUGCUGGCUUCAAAAUCUCCUUCGGAAAAUGGUUCACAUCUAAUUCCCAGUGCAAAAAAAGGUAAACAUUCCAAGUCUAAAAGUAAUGGAACAAAGAAAGGGAAAUCCAAGAUUUCCGAAUCUGCCAAAGACGGGAGAAAAAAUGAAUCACAUGAGGGGAUAGAGCAACGCAAAUCCCUGAAUACCAGUACUGGAAGGGAUGAUAGUGAUUAUCUUGAAGUAGGGAGAAUAGAGUCUCACAAAACAACAGGUGCCCUUCUAGAUGCUGAUAUUGGGAAAACCAGUGCCACUUAUGGUACCAUAUCAUCAGAUGUGACCAAUGUGGAAACGGUUGUGGAUGUUACUAUUGAAGAUAGCUAUUCCACAGAGAGUGCCUGGGUUCGAUGUGAUGAUUGCUUUAAAUGGCGACGAAUACCUGGUUCUGUUGUAGGAUCAAUUGACGAGAGCUCCAGAUGGAUCUGUAUGAACAACUCAGAUAAAAAUUUUGCGGAUUGCUCAAAAUCUCAAGAGAUGUCAAAUGAAGAAAUUAAUGAUGAGUUGGGAAUAGGACAGGAUGAAGCAGAUGCAUAUGAUUGUGAUGCGGCUAAAAGAGGGAAAGAAAAGGAACAAAAGAGCAAGCGUUUGACAGGUAAGCAAAAGGCGUGCUUCAAGGCUAUAAAAACAAACCAGUUUCUUCAUCGCAAUCGUAAAUCUCAAACAAUUGAUGAGAUAAUGGUUUGUCACUGCAAACCACCACCUGAUGGUAGGUUGGGUUGUGGAGAAGAAUGCCUCAAUAGAAUGCUUAACAUUGAAUGUCUUCAAGGUACCUGCCCAGCUGGCGAUUUGUGUUCAAAUCAGCAGUUUCAAAAACGGAAGUAUGUUAAGUUUGAGAGAUUCCAAUCCGGUAAGAAGGGUUAUGGCCUGAGAUUGCUCGAAGAUGUACGAGAGGGGCAAUUCCUUAUUGAAUAUGUUGGAGAGGUGCUUGAUAUGCAAUCCUAUGAUACUCGCCAAAAAGAAUAUGCUUGCAAGGGUCAGAAACAUUUCUAUUUCAUGACACUAAAUGGGAAUGAGGUAAUAGAUGCUGGUGCAAAGGGAAACCUAGGGCGUUUCAUUAACCAUAGCUGUGAACCAAACUGCCGUACUGAAAAGUGGAUGGUGAAUGGUGAAAUUUGCGUUGGAAUAUUCUCCAUGAAAGACCUUAAGAAGGGUCAAGAGUUGACAUUUGACUACAACUAUGUGAGGGUUUUUGGUGCUGCCGCCAAAAAGUGCUAUUGUGGAUCAUCACAUUGCAGAGGGUAUAUUGGAGGAGAUCCUCUGAAUGGUGAUGUAAUUAUUCAAAGUGAUUCAGAUGAAGAGUAUCCUGAACUUGUGAUCCUUGAUGAUGAUGAAAGUGGAGAAGGAAUCUUAGAUGCAACAUCUAGGACCUUCAUUGAUGACGCUGACGAGCAAAUGCCACAGAACUCUGAAACGGUUAAUGGUUCCAAGGACCUUGCUCUUGAUAAUGCCCAAUCACAGAGCUCAGUAUCUGUAAACCUUCCUGAGAGAGAAAUUCCUCCACCUCUUCUUCAGCCAACUGAAGUUUUGAAGGAACUUCCGUCAGGCAUAGCUGUUAGUGCUGUCCAGCAAGAGGUUCCUGUUGAAAAGAAGACUAAAAGCACAUCUCCCACGUCCAGUUCUCUUAGCAGACUGUCCUCGGGUGGUGCAAAUACUGAUAUGACGACAAAGCAUGGAUCGGGAGAAGAUAAAAAGAUACUUCCACGGUCUCGUCCUCGUCCUCGUAUGAAAACUUCUCGCUCAUCUGUGUCUAGUAAGCGAGACAAAGGAGGUAUUUUUCCUGGUGUUAACAAAGCACAGAUUAUACCAGUCAAUAAGUUGCAACAGCAGCCUAUCAAAUCUAAAGGAUCGGAGGAAGUUUCUUCCAGCGGGCGUAUUGAAACAUUUGAAGGGAAACUGAACGAGUUACUAGAUGCCGUAGGAGGGAUAAGCAAGCGGAGGGAUUCAGCAAAAGGCUACUUGAAACUUCUGCUGCUCACUGCCGCUUCCCGAGGCACGGAAGGAGUUCAUAGCAAUCGAGAUCUUUCAAUGAUUCUUGAUGCCCUUUUGAAGACAAAGUCCAAAUCUGUUUUAGUUGACGUAAUCAACAAGAAUGGUCUGCAAAUGUUACAUAAUAUCAUGAAACAAUACCGGAGUGAUUUUAAAAGGAUCCCAAUACUCCGGAAACUUCUGAAGGUGUUAGAGUAUCUUGCCACAAGGGAAAUCCUUGCACUGGAGCAUAUAAUCAGAAGGCCUCCUUGCGUAGGGAUGGAAAGCUUUAAGGACUCUAUUCUAUCAUUCACCGAGCAUGCAGACAUAACGGUUCAUCGAAUUGCACGGAGCUUCCGAGACAGAUGGAUACCUAAGCAUUUUAGAAAACCUUGGCGCAUCGACAGGGAGGAGAGAUCGGAGUCUAUGAGGUCACCUAUAAACAGCAGGUUCAGAGCAUCACAAGAACCUCGAUAUGAACAUCAGUCCCCAAGACCUGCAGAACCAGCUGCGUCUGUCACACCAUCAAUGGCUGCAACUCCUGAAACAGCAUCUGUAUCUGAGGGAUAUUCAGAACCUAAUUCCAGUCUUCCUGAGACAAAUGGACGCAAGCGCAAAAGCAGAUGGGACCAGCCGUCUAAAACAAAAGAACAAAGAACCAUGACUAUCUCGUCUCAACAAACAGGUGAAACUAAUGGUAAUCAGGAUGUCCAAGAGGACCUUCCACCCGGGUUUUCAUCACCCUGCACAGAUGUGCCUGAUGCGAUUACUGCACAGCCGCAACAAAAGUUCCUUUCUCGCUUACCAGUUUCCUAUGGGAUCCCACUUAGCAUUGUUCAUCAAUUUGGUUCACCCGGCAAAGAGGACCGGACCACCUGGUCUGUUGCUCCUGGGAUGCCGUUCUAUCCAUUUCCACCUCUACCGCCAGUGUCUCAUGGUGAGUUUUUCGCUAAGAGAAAUGUAAUAGCCUGUUCCUCCUCCAUUCGAAACCCGACUUACUCCAGUGAGAUCUUACCGGCUACACCUGUGACUGACUCAACUGCUCCAAACCGGAAGAGAGAGAGUUCAUUUGAUAUAGGAACAUCUUACUUUCGGCAACAGAAACAGAACGUUCCUCCAUGGCUGCGGAACAACGGGUGGGAGAAAACAGUAAACAGCCCUAUACCUGGGAAUCUAACUUUAGAGAAGAAGCUCAACAGUUAAGCAUUCAUAAUUUUAGAGAAGUACAGUCGAUGAAGUUGAAAUGGAGACAGUGCAGGUCUUAAAGGAGAAUUACAGUGAUUGAUUGGUUUAUUUGGCUCAUAGGAAAAUCAAUCCCCUUUAGGGGA